CAUUUUCAUUUGUCUUCUUCACUUCUCUUCUUCGUUUUCGUUGAAUUAAUCUGAGAGAAAAAAAAGAAGAAUAAUGCGAAAAUUAAUCACUAGUCGUACGAUAUUUACCAACCUUUCUAUGAAGUUGAUGGGUGGUGAGAAAUCGACAACAACAACAACAACGACGACGACGACGAUCACAUUAUCUCGUCGUUAUCUUGCCCGUAUGUUAUCCGAUCCAGAGAAUAAAGGUUCACAACAACGUCAUGUUAAUUUUGAUACACUCGGUACAUGGGAUAAUCGUAUUGAUUUUACAUUAUUAUUACAACAAAGUAUCAAACAUGGUAAACCAAUUCCAAAAAUUAGUGUCGAUAAUAUUGGCCAUGCAAGUGUCAUUGGUAGAAGAAUGCAAAAUGAAGAUUAUUGCCAUGCCAUGGAAAUCAAACCCGAUAUGAUGUAUUUUGCCAUAUUUGAUGGUCAUGGUGGUGAUACUUGUGCACGUUUCUGUAAUGAACAUUUACCUGAACAUGUUAAAUAUUGGCUUGAACGUGGUGAAAAAAAUCUAGAAAUUGUUUUACAAAAUGCAUUCACUGAGGUGAAUAAUUCAUUUGCACGUUAUCUUACAUAUACGAUGAAUGGUGGUAAUGAACGUAGUACUUCCGGUACAACAGCUACUGUUUGUUUAUUGCAUAAUAGUACAAAAUUAGUUGUUGCAUAUGUUGGUGAUAGUCGAAUGUUUCUUUGUCGUGAUGGACAAUGUAUUAAAUUAACAAAUGAUCAUACAGCUAAUUUUAAAGCAGAAAAAGAUAGAAUAACCAAUUCAAAUGGUUUUAUCAAAUAUGAUAGCCUUGGUCGUGGAUUAAUCAAUGGUCGAUUAGCAAUGACACGUAGUAUCGGUGAUUUAGAUCUUAAACCAUAUGGUGUGAUUGCUUUGCCCGAUACUAGAACAUAUGAGAUAAAACAUGGCCGAGAUUCAUUCGUUGUAUUAACAACAGAUGGUAUUACCGAUGUAAUGAAUGAUCGUGAAAUUGUAAAUGCAGUGAAAAGUUGUGAAAAACCAAAUGAAGCAGCCAAAUUUUUAACUGAUCAAGCAUUACAUUGUUCUUGUGAUGAUAAUGCAACAGCAUUGGUAGUACCGUUUGGUGCAUGGGGUAAAUAUCGUAAUCAUCGGCAAACAUAUAAUCAAUUUUUUAGUUUUGGACGUCAAUUACAAAAUAGUGCAAGGUUUUAGAUGAAAUAAAAUAUAAAACACAACAACAACAACAACAACAACAAAA